AUGGGUUCUGUGAAUUCCAGAGGUCACAAGGCGGGAGCCCAGGUGGUGAUGCUGGGCCUGGACUCCGCCGGCAAGACCAUGCUCCUGUACAAACUGAAGGGCCACUCGCUCGUGGAGACCCUGCCCACUAUCGGUUUCAAUGUGGAGCCUCUGGAAGCUCCUGGGCACAUGUUGCUGACUUUCUGGGAUGUUGGGGGGCAGACCCAGCUCAGGGCCAGCUGGAAGGACCAUCUGGAAGGCACGGACAUCCUCGUGUAUGUGCUGGACAGCACAGAUGAAGCCCGCUUCCCCGAGGCGGUGGCUGAGCUCAUGGAAGUCCUGAGCGACCCCAACAUGGCUGGCGUCCCCUUCUUGGUGCUGGCCAACAAGCAGGAGGCGCCUGAUGCUCUUUCGCUGCUUGACAUCAGAGACAGGCUGGGCCUGGAGAGGUUCCAGGACUGCUGCUGGGAGCUCCGGGCCUGCAGCGCCCUCACUGGCGAGGGGCUGCCCGAGGCCCUGCAGAGCCUGCGGCGCCUCCUGAAGUCCCGCAGCCACCGGUGUCUGCAGCUGAGAGCCGGUGGGGCUGAGAGUCGUGCCAGCCAGAAAUCUUGACCAGGACAGAGCAGCUUA